AUGCCUCUGAAGGGUCGCUCGACUAAGGCGGCCGUGGAUGUUACUCUCCCUGACGACAUCAUGCCGGAUCAGAACUUCACGCCAACACCUGUGGACGAAGAGGCUGUUGGGAAGGAUUCGGCACACACGGUGAACUCGUCCAAGGAUAAGGCUGUCGCGGUUGAGCCGGCAUCAGUGUCUGCUGCUGGUGCUGCGGGAAGUUCGGGACUCACAGUGGAGGAAAAGAGUCAGUUGCAUCAGUCCGUGGUUGUCGACGAGGAAGAGUUUCUGGAAGACGACUCGGAUGAAGAGUUAGACAUUGAUAUCGCAAAGGAAGAUGCUUUCCGCCUCCGCUUUACCGUUAUCUUACUCAUUCCGAUGGUGCUGUCGCAGGAGAUCAAAGCUAUCAUCUCAGCCGUCCGUCUUCUGAUGUCUAAGGUGUGGUGCUCCUCCCUUACCGCGAAUGCUGGAAUCACGACCAACAUUCAGGAGAUGACUUCUGGUUACGUGGCGAAGACGCGCUUCUGCCGGCUGCAAAUUUCCUUCCUGGACGAGAGGGAUGCUCACCAUAUCAAGUCACAUGUCUUCGAGUACCAGAAGGCGCACGGUCCGGCAAUCAAGUGCAUCUGGCAGCACACGGAAGAUUCCUCGUACCUUAAGGAGAAAGCUGCUCACCCUCUUGCUAUUGAAGUGCUUUUUCGUCGCGUACCUGCUAACAUUGUUCCUGAGGUGCUGAAGGAUCUGCUCGUCCGCUUCAAGCUAAAGAUGCGGAAGCAAUCUGCCUUCAAAGAGGGUUUUGCUUUCCACCGCGUGGCUCAUCCUCUUACCGGUGCGGAUACUGAUGUGAUCAAGGGCCUGGCACUGACGUCCCCGUUUGCUCUCGCAGCCUCAUCCCUGAGCACCUCCGCUCUGAUCACCCCCAUCUUGAAAGAUCCUGCGAUUGCACUUAUCUCAACCGGCAGCAACCGCGAGGAGUGGAUCUGUAGGCAAUUGUACUGUGGAAAGGCGAAAGGAAAAUCCUUCAUGGCUGCUGCAGACCACAUCGUCUCAGCGACUCACCUGCUGAACUUGGAGAAGCUGGGCACAGCAACAAAGGUCUCACUGGACAAGGCGGUCCUUGCCAGCCUGAAGAAAGACUAUGGAGCCACCACUCACCUGGGUCCCGGGAUCUGGAGGCUGCACGCAGCAGCAAUCGGAAGGCCAGGAGUGCGGAAGGCGGUGGAAGCCGCUCUUACCAAGGCGGCGGAGAACGGAGUAGAGGACUUUCAGCUGCUGUUGGGUAGGCUGAACGCGGGUCUGCGCUCAUACAUGAAAGAGGAGGGGAAGAGGAUUAAGAGAACUAUUGCUCAUCUGGUAGAUGUAGAUGCGGAGCUGAGGCAGGAGCAGAUGCGGAGUCCAGGCUGUCAGCGGACGAGAGAUCUUCUGCUGGUCAGAGAAACGCAACUGCACGAAUAUCAUGCGGCCAAGCGGGACAGGUUGCACCUGAUGGCAGGCACGAACACGGAGCUUGCACGGGAGGUUCCGUCUCCCUUCCUGUCGGCACGGGUGAAGGUCAGAAAGCAGCGCACGCAAAUCGCGGAGUUAACGGUGGGUGGGACGACAGUUUCAGACGCUCAGGGAAUUCUGAAAGCAGCCACUCAGUACUACACCGACCUGUCUGGAGCAGACGGCAGGACUUCGUCGGAGCGGUGGAAGCCACUUCCGGGGAAAAGGCUGAAUGCGGAGGCGGCGGAGAUGUUGGAAGCAGAUUGGACGGAGCAGGAAGUGAAACAGGCCUUCAAGGCGCUGGCUAACAAUAAGUCGCCGGGGAAGGACGGCCUUCCGAAAGAACUUUUCGAACGGAACUGGGACAUCUUGGGUGGGGAAUUCCUUAGAAUGGCGCAGAACUUCUCUGACACGGCUUCAAUUCCUGCCAGCAUUAAGGAAGCAGUCACCAUUUUGCUUCAUAAAAAGGGAGACAAGGACAAGCUGGACAAUUACAGACCAAUCACUCUACUUAACUUCACUUACAUAGUUCUGGCGCGUGUGGUGGCGAACAGGAUGAGGCCCUUGCUUCACCGAGUAAUCUCCGAGGAACAGUAUGGGUUCAUACCCGGGAGGAGAAUCUCGGACGCGAUCGGUGUGGUAGCCGACGUGAUUGAGGCGGCAAAGAAGGGUGACGAGGACUGGUACUUGCUGUUGGUUGACUUCCGCAAAGCGUUUGACUCCGUCUCAAGAAGCUUCAUCUUCACGGUCCUCAGGGAGAUGGGUUUCCCGGAGAGGUUCGUCGGCUGGGUGGAGGGCCUGCACAGGGAGACAAAGACAAGACUUUUAGUUAACGGCUGGCUGGGCGAAGCGGUAGAUGUGAAGUCAGGAGUCAGGCAAGGGUGUCCACUCGCCCCUUACCUCUUCCUGUGCGCGGUGGAACCCCUUGCGCAAGAAGCUUGCCGUCGCAAACUCGGACUCUGCAACAAGGCAGGGCAGCGGCCGGUGUACCUGGGUUAUGCGGAUGACACUACACUCUUCCUGGAGGGGAAGCGACAGAUUGCCAGGGCUGAAAAACUCUUGGACUACUUCGCGCAACUGUCGGGUUUGGCGACAAACAGAGACAAGUCAGUGGUCAUGCCGCUCGGUCACAACCUUGGGCGGAGACCUGGGACGCUGGGAGGUUUUAAGUGGGCAAAGGCGGACGAAGCGGAGCAGUUACUCGGGGUGUGGGUCACUCCCUCUGGAAGCAGUGCGCCAACCUGGCAGAGAGCCUUCGAAAAAAUCACAGUUGAGCUGAUAAAAUGGAAGGCGCUCUUCCUCACGAUCGCGGCCAGAGUGGUGAUCAUAAAUUGCUACAUCACGCCGAGAAUCGCUUACCAGGCGCAGGUGUAUCCCCCACCUGAGAACGUCUGGAAGCAGCUCUUGAAGCUGAUGCACAACUUUCUGUCAGGGAAUAACGCAUCGGCGGAUGGGAGCUAUUUCCUUUGGAGCUGGGAUCUUCUUUCCACCCCCAGAGUGGACGGCGGCCUUGGGGUGCUGGAUCCGGAUAUCCUACUCGCUUGUUUGGCUGCCAGGAGGAUCGGCGGUCUACUGCUGGAGGGGAACGGGAAAAAAAGGAAGUUAUGCUCACUGCGGUCGGACUCCCGAUGGGGAACGACACUUUCGUGGCGCACGAGAAAUUGCUGA